AUGGGAUGCCACAGCGGAGGCGCCAGAGUUCCAGCUGCAUCGCUGCCGCGCUCAGAAGAUCCUGGGCCUUGCCCGCUCCCUUUCUAUCCUGUGCUGGGUGAGCCCUCAGUCCACGGUGGUGCUUUGCCUUCAGAACUGCUUUCCAGUCCAAGUUGGCGGCUUCGCUGGGUCUACACACAAAACCAAGUCUUGCCCGGAGCGCACAGCACCUCGGAACCAAGACCCGCUCUGGCCACUGGAGGCCUCUUGCCCUGGAGUCAGAAGAAGCCAGAGGCGUCCUCCGGAGAGCUGGACCGUGCGGAGGGACCCGAGCUACUUUGGCAUCAGCAGCUUCCCUUCCCCAGGACGCCCCUGCUGGCGACAGAGGGCGGGAGGAGAGCCGCGGGCGCGCACCCGUCGGAGCCCCGCAGACCUCUCCAGAGCGCUCAGGGGAGCGCGGUCCGGGCAUUCGCAGGCUGCCUGCGCUGGAUCGCUCAUACCGCGUACACCUUCAGUUGCCGCCUCCGCAGGAGCAUCUUUGGGACUAAGGAGCCCUGA